AUGUCCGACAUUCAGAACCGGUCCUCCGCCUCGCGGGGUAGAGUAUCCGCCCGUGGUGGCCGUGGCGGUUUCAGCUCCAGAGGUGGUCGUGGUGGAAACAGAUCUGCAAAUGACAACUCAGACAUCUCAUCCUUCGAGGAGGGUGAAAUUGGACAGAUGAAGAAGAAGUACUCCGACACUCUCCCAACUCUUAAGGAAAUGUUCCCAGACUGGAAGGACGAAGAUCUGGUGUUCGCACUGGAAGACUCGAACGGCGAGCUGUUGGAGGCGAUUGAGCGCAUUAGUAAUGUGUCCCAGUGGGGUGAGGUCAAGAAGAAGACCACAGACCGAACUCGCCCUAAGCCCAAGGAGACCCCGAGUGUUUCGACCGAAACGACUGCAGCUUCCGCCCGUGGAACCCGUGGCCGCGGUGGAAUAGAGGGUCGUGGACGUGUUCGCGCAGAUCGGGGCCGUGGCGGUCGCGGAGGCCGUGCAGGAGCCGCUACAAAUGGAACUCGCGCAGUAUCCACUGCUGUAGAGACUCCGGCGCCUACUGCUAUUCCUGCUAUCACAUCUGAGUGGGCUGCGCCCAAGGCAGAGGAGACUGUUGCAGAGCCUUCGACUGAAGCCGAAUGGGAAUCAACCGAGCCUAAGAGCAGUGUGAUUCCCGAGGGUACCAAGAAGGGGUGGGCGAGUCUUUUCGCCAAACCACCUGCUCCUCCGGUGCAAAAGAAGCCCCAAGCCCCUCCUCCUGUUCCUGCCGCCGAGAAGCCCGCCGAGCCCAAGACACCCGUCGCCAAGCCCACCCACCCCGUAAUCCCUGCCAUUCCGACCACCACUGUGAACCCUCCCAAGGGCGAUUUGACCGAGACGAACCUCGAACAGAUUCCCGAUGUAUCCGCUCCUGCUCCUACCGCCACCGCCGCAAGCACCGUUGGCAGUGGUAUCGACCCCGCGGCUGGCCGUACCCCCGGUCUUCAACGCCGCGUGAUGGAACAGCAGCAGCCUGUGGUUAUGCCCGGUAACCACGCAGUGGACCGCGCUGCGGUUCAGUUCGGCAGCAUGGGACUGAACGGUGAUGCUAUCGACAUUGAUGAGAACCGCGAGGAGGCUGAGACCCGCGCUCAGCCCCCGCAGCACUCUCCCGUUGCACCCCGUGCCUCUCUUCCCCCCACGACUCAGGCACCACACUCAAUUGAGACUGGUGCCGCUGGGCGUCCUGCUCCUGGCUUGCCCCCGGUCCCCCAGGGCGCUUCCGCCGACUUUACCGACUUCGCUCGCUACUCUGAGCCCCAGCAGAAGCCAUUCGAUCCCUUCACCCAGCAGUCCCAGGAUGCCCCCACCGGUCCCCGCGCCGGAUUUGGUGUCUCUGGUGCUGAGGCCCAGGCUCAGAUUCCCACCACGCAACCUCCCAACCGCUACGGGCCUGUUGAUGCCACUAACAGCGGACACAACACCCCCAACCCCACUGUCCCCGGCGCCACUCAGCAGACCCCCGCUGCUCAGCAUAUGCCUGGCCAAACUGCGCAGCAGCACGCCUACGGCUACCAAUACCCUAACUACUACAACAACCCCCACUACGCUUCGUACAUGAACCAGAUGGGCCAGCAGCAACAGCAGCAACAGCAGCAGCAGCAGUACGGUGGCGCUAACCGCCCGAGGUACGAUGAUGCUCGCCGCUAUGAGGAUCACUACAUGCAGCAGCAGCAGCACAACCAGCAAUACGGCUAUGGUAGCCAGUAUGGUCCCUACGCCGGUAAAGCUGGCAUGUACGGCCAGCCCCACGGUGCUUUCUCAUAUGAACAGCAAUCGUCUUCCCCCGCAAACACCGGUAGCUUCAGCCAGGCCAUGCCCACCCGUGACUCAGUCUACGGCCGCAGCGGCUCUGCCCAGCAGACUGACAACCAGUCUGCUACUGGCGCCAAUGCCUUUGGUACUGGGAUGUCGGAUGUUUUCAGCCGUUCCCAGGGCAGCUUUGGCCAAACCCCUCCUAUUGCCGGACAGCCUCCCGUUGCCACUGACGAGACCAAGGGCUUUGAAGCCCCCAAGGCCGGCGGUCCCAGCCCUUCCCUCGCCCAGAACCGUCCUGGAUCCGCUACCAACAGCGUUCCGGGUCAGCCCCAGGCACAGACUGGUCUUCCCCCCUUCAGGUACGGUGGACUCGGUGGACUCGGUCACCAGGGUGCGGCCACCCAGACUCACCAGGCCUCUGGCUAUGCUAACAACUAUGGUGGAGGCUUCGGUAACUACUAUGGAAACUCUGGUCGUGGCGGCUGGGGUGGCAACUACGGCCACUAA